AUGGCGCAAGACAUGCGAGCUCUUCGCACCUACGUGACGGGCAUGGACAGCCGGCAGUACGACAACGUUCCCAAUGGCAUCGUGUGCUUGCUCAUCACCCACAGCAACCUCAAGCUCCAGAUGGUGGACAUCCGACUGGAUCUGCAUGGCACAAUCGGCGAGCUGCGCCACAAAGUGUACCAACAUACGGGUACCAAACCCGAUGCUAUGGAGCUCCUCGUCAUGCGUAGCGACGGAUCAGUAUACACGCGUCUGGAUGAUGAUCGGAGGAUGCUGGGCUUCUACAGUGUGGAGAGCGGUAUGCGGCUGCAUGUCGUGGACAACGAUCCGUUCUCGCUCUCGAGAGGAGGCGGUCUCGAGGACGUCUCGCUCGUCCAGAAGUACGAGAUGUCGGAGGAAGACUAUGACAAACGCGAGAAGUCUGUGCGAGCGUACAAGCGAGAGCAGCUCGCCAAGGAUCCUGAAUGGAAGCCCAAGACCAUGAUGAAGGUUGCUCAGCCGCCAGUGGACUUGGCAGCGCUGCCAGGAGCUGACAGUGUUGCACACAUGAAGGUUAACGACCGGUGCGAGGUGCAGCCUGGUGGACGUCGUGGACGAGUGCAAUAUCUAGGCCAAGUACCAGAGAUCGCGCCUGGAUUUUGGGUCGGGGUGCACUUCGAUGAACCGGUUGGCAAAGGCAACGGCUCUGUCAAAGGCACUGCGUACUUCGAGUGCGAGCAGAAGUACGGCGGCUUUGUGCGGCCGUACAACGUGGCAGUAGGCGACUUUCCAGCGCUUGACCCGUUCGCGGAUCUGUCGGAUGACGAAGACGAACUGUAG